GGCGGGGCGGCGCGGCGGGAGAAGGCCGCUCCGCCGCGCGCCCCCGGGGAACGCGUCGCUUCCGCCAGACGUCAUCUCCGCUGCCGCGCGUGACCUGACGGGCCCGCUCGUUGCCGUAGCGACCGGAGCCUCCUCCGCCUCUUCCGGCCGCGCAUGGCGCCGUCUCUUCCGGUGCGGGGGAUAAUAUGGGGACAAUACAUCUGUUCCGCAAAUCACAGAGAUCAUUGGUUGGAAAGUUAACACAUGAGUUUAGGCUGGUUGCAGCAGAUAGGAGGUCCUGGAAGAUCUUGUUGUUUGGUGCUAUAAAUUUAAUAUGUAUUGGCUUCCUGCUAAUGUGGUGCAGCUCUACAAACAGCAUAGCUUUAACUGCUUACACAUAUUUGACAAUCUUUGACCUUUUCAGUUUGAUAACAUGUCUAAUAAGCUACUGGGUAAUGAUGAAGAAACCCAGCCCAGUCUAUUCAUUUGGGUUUGAAAGGUUUGAAGUUCUAGCCGUGUUUGCAUCUACAGUUCUGGCACAGCUUGGUGCUCUUUUUAUACUGAAAGAAAGUGCAGAGCGGUUUCUGGAACAACCCGAGAUACACACGGGGCGACUGCUGGUUGGUACUUUCGUGGCUCUCUUUUUCAACUUAUUUACAAUGCUUUCCAUUAGGAAUAAGCCUUUUGCUUAUGUCUCUGAAGCUGCCAGCACAAGUUGGCUUCAGGAACAUGUUGCAGAUCUUAGUAGAAGUAUUUGUGGAAUCAUCCCAGGAUUAAGUAGCAUCUUUCUGCCACGAAUGAACCCUUUUGUCUUGAUUGAUAUUGCUGGAGCUCUAGCUCUUUGCAUUACAUAUAUGCUCAUUGAAAUCAACAACUAUUUUGCUGUAGACACGGCCUCCGCUAUAGCAAUUGCUUUGAUGACAUUUGGUACUAUGUAUCCCAUGAGCGUGUACAGUGGGAAAGUACUACUGCAGACAACCCCACCUCAUGUGAUUGGCCAGUUAGAUAAACUUCUUAGAGAGGUUUCAACUUUGGAUGGUGUCUUGGAAGUUCGAAACGAGCAUUUCUGGACAUUAGGUUUUGGCACAUUGGCUGGAUCAGUACAUGUCCGAAUUCGGAGAGAUGCAAAUGAACAAAUGGUACUUGCCCAUGUCACUAACAGAUUAUACACAUUGGUCUCUACCUUGACUGUUCAGAUUUUCAAAGAUGACUGGAUCAGACCUACCUUAUCAUCUGUGCCUAUUGCAAACAGUAUUCUGAACAUUUCAGAUCAUCAUAUUAUUCCAAUGCCAUCUUUGAAAGCUGCUGAUAAUUUGAACCCUGUUACAUCCACUCCAGCUAAGCCCGGCAGCCCACCGCCAGAAUUUGCUUUUAAUACACCAGGCAAAAACGUGAGUCCAGUCAUCCUUUUGAACAGUCAGACAAAGCCCUAUGGACUGGGCUUAAAUCAUGGAUCCGCACCCUACAGCAGUGUACUCAACCAAGGACUUGGAAUACCAGGAAUGGGAGCAACUCAAGGAUUCAGAACUGGUUUUACAAAUGUCCCAAGCAGAUAUGGAACCAACGCUCGUGGUCAACCCCGACCAUAAUAAACACCAUUAUUUAUUGUACUUAAGGGUAUUGACUUAAUUCUUUUAUUACCCAAUUUUUAUAAACAUUUGGAAUGUCAGAUCAUUCUGAAUGGCUGGGAACAAGUGCAUUGGUCAUAUUCAUGAAAUGGUUAAACUGCAAUUUUUCUUUUGCAUCAGCAGUAGCCUGUGUAAUGUCACAAAUAUUUUCCAGACUUAGGAUACUUUACAGGUAGCUUUUAUAGAGUGUCCAUUUCCGUUCAGCUUUUUAUUCACUUUUCUUUAUUUUCCCAAGAAUGGAUGGAGACACAGCACAACUCCGUUAGAGAGUAAAAUUGUGACCAGGCAGCAUUUUUUUUCUAAUGAGAAUUGCUUAAUAGAAAGUAAGCUAUUAAGCAGUUCAGCAUUAAAUUCACUGAAUGCUGAACAGCUGAGAGAAUAGGAAAUUGCAGAAAUACAAGUCCCAGUUCUUAGAUGUUUUGAUUGCGGUAUUAAGCCAUCUUUUGGCGAAGUCACAAUUAGUUUUGGUUGCAAAACUCCAUCAAUAUUCAUGUUGUAACCAUUGUGAAGACAAUCUGGCAUUUCAGAUUCUAGUUAGGUUUGUGAGACCCUGUUUUUACAUUUUGAUUGAUGUUUUUAUAGAAAUUCAGAUGGUUCAGCAACCAUUUUCUAGUUGUAAGUAUUCCAUAUUCAUCUCUGAUAUUUCUUCCUUUUUGGUUUAACUGCAAAAUUAUUUAGCAAUAUGCGGGGAAAUAAAAUAUAUCAUACUUAGAUUUUACAAGCACUUCUUUUUUAUGAUUAACGCUAUUUAAGAUACAGAGCAGAUGGCUGUAUUGUUUCUGAAGCCAGUAUUUCAUUUUUGACUAUGGAAAGUAUUCUCUGAUUUAAUUGUGACUUUGUAUUUUUCCUCUUUGUAUUUUUUCUGUAGUUUCAGGGGGGAAAGUAUUUCUAUUCCUGGUUUAUAUCCAGAGUACUAGUCAGUGAUUGCUGACAGUUCUGAGUGAUUGCUGGAGUGCUUAUCCUUCAGGGCACGCUUGGAACAAGACUGCCAAACUUGUCUCUGCUUUUGCAUUAUCGUUCUGCUGUACACCUAGAAGGCUGUAUUUCUUCAGGGCAUCUCUCAGAAGCUCUUCUCUCUGACUGCUGUCUUUUUCUUCACUGCUCUGAUAACAAGGAAAGACCUUUUAGAAAUACUUCAAUUAUUUUUUUCCCCUGUUCUCCUGUGCAGUAUAUAUCUUAUAAUUCCCUAGCCAAUUCCUCCUCUGCACUUUCUUCGGCAUCUCUUGGCUGUUGAGGAGUGGGUUACCCAUUCCUGUUGUUUCACUUGCAACUCAGGGUGCUAUAUAUUGGCUUCCACCUUGUUUAUCUGUAUACUAAGUCAGUCUCUCCAUUUGUCCAAGAGCUGUAGUAUCUCAGGGACUCCAAAGAAAUUCUGUUACCUGAAGAUAAUGGGUUUGAUAGAGAAAUCUUUCUCUUGUAGAACUGAGUUGAGAAAACAGCCUUCAUUUGAAUUUUAAAGAUCUGUGGCCUCUUCACACUGGCUGAGGAUUUAUUUUUCUGCAUAAGAACAUUGUUUUCUCCCCCCUUUUUUUUUUCCUAUUCUCUUUCCCCCCCCCUCCACUACCUGUGUUUCUUGCUCCGGUGCACGGAGGAGGGCGUCACUUUUGCAAGCAAAGCAAGGUGACAUUCUGCAUGAUAGUAUCUUGCUGGGAUGUUUGAGGCUGAGGGUAGUGCCCAGCCUGCCACUGGUAAGCAGUCCGUGUAAGCUACAAGUAGGGAGUCUAGUUCUGUAUUCAUUUACAGCAGGAGUAACAGUUUCAUUGCUAUGUUAGAAAAUGCAAUGAGCUCGAAAACUUGCAUUUAAGAAUUACAGUGAACUUAGAAUGAUUGGCCCUGUUUCUAUAAGGCCAGUAUUAGCUCAUUAAUCACCUUUGUUUCAUUGCUCUGUCUUUAUGUGUGUGUAGCCUAUUCCACGUGCCAUUGCUGCAUGGAAAUUCGCUGAAGUACAGAACACUUGAACAGAUUCUGUGUACCUCUUGGGUGCUGAACUAGACUGCACUCUACAGCAUCUGCGACACCUUAGAGCCAGCAGAAUGUUUACAGUAUACUACUCUCAUGUGGCCUAUUUGAGAAUUGUUCCUUACUCCAGUUUCAUAACCAAACACCCUUUUUCUGACAUUUUAAGUACAUUGUAUUAUAUUGAUUGCAUGCCUACUUGUUUUUAGUAGAAAAUUAAAGCUCCAUUUUAUGAAAAAAUGAAGCUGAUCUUUAAUUUAAAAUGAGAAGGGAGAAUGAGAAUUCCAGAAUUCUGAGUGCAAUAUAAUCACUUUAACAAAACUUUUUUUUUGGAGUGAUUGUUUACAAUAUAUAUCAUAUGUGCAGAUGAUAAAAGAUUCUUUUAGAGAUUAGAACAGCUUUUUAGCUGCUUUAUUGUUAUGAAUAUAUUAAGAAUAUUUGUUAAAUCAACACAGAGUAAAAUGUCUCCUUUUAUACGAGGAAAAUAAAAUCAGUGUCAUCUUUAAAUGACAAGGAAAAAGUGGUAA